AUGGCUCUCCUCCUCCUCCACCUCUUGCUCUUCCUCCGCCUCGUUACCUCCGGCGCCGCCGACUCGUUUCCAGCCACUGCGAUGUUCGUCCUCGGAGACUCCACUGCCAGCUGUGCCGCCACCACGCUGUCCCUCAACCUCACCUGCCUCUUCCACUCCGGCCGCCGCCGCCUCCUCCCCGACAUCCUUGCCGCCAAGAUGGAGCUCCCGCCACCGCCGCUCAUCUCCACGCUCAACGGCUCAGCGGCCGCGGCCGCGAUGGGCGUCAACUUCGGCGGCGAGGAGGGCGAGAGCGGCGGAGCCGGGGUGUUCCGCAUGGGCGCCGUCGGGCAGCAGCUGCGGCUGGCCGCCGAGACGCUGCAGCUGCUGCGCCUCGAGGCCGCCACGCCGGGCGAGGCGUCCGCGGCCGCGGCCGGCGCCGUCUUCGUGGUGUCCUUCGGCGCCGACGCGUACGCGCGGCUGCUCGCGCGCGGGUCCGAGGCGGACGCGUCGGCGCCCAAGCACGGCCGCCGCGGCUUCGCCCGCCUCCUGGCCGGCCGCGUGGCGCGCGCGGUGCAGGAGCUGUACGAGGCGGACGUGAGGAGGGUGGCGGUGCUGGGGGUGCCGCCGCUGGGGUGCGCGCCGCGGGUGAUGUGGGACGGGCUGCACCUCGUGGACGGCCGCGGGUGCGUGGAGGAGGCUAACGAGCUCGUCCAGGGGUACAACGCCAGGGUGGAGGCGCAGCUGGACGCGCUCCGGCCGGAGCUGCCCGGCGCCGACAUCGUCUUCUGCGACGUCUACAAGGGGGUCAUGGAGAUGAUCACCAAUCCGGCCGCAUAUGGUAACAUUACUUUUACUAACCGAAAUUAUCUGUUUUGUAUGUGA